AUGACUGUGAGCAGGGCAACUUCUCGUGGAGUAAGGACGCAAUUGGAUGGAGAGGUCAACGAAUUCCUGAAAACUCCAAUGGUUUCCAGCACCAGAAAGAAGGGGACUACAACAUCAACUCAUCAAGAAACUUUGAAAAAGGAGACUACUACUACUACUACUACCACUACCAUACAGAAAGCUUACAACACACGAAGAUCCACAAGGCUGUCUGCAAAGAAAUUUGAAGGGCUAGAAGUGAUAGAGAGGGAAAGAAGUGAACCCAUAAAGCUUGAUUCAUUUUUGGAUGAAUUGAAGGAUUUGGGUACUCAAAGUGAUAAAAAUUCUGAUGAGAUAUAA